GUUACUAUCUCUGUAUUAAUCGAUCUGCACUUUAAUUGAAAUUGAAACUAUGAUUGAAGCUAUGGAAUCACGUAGAAAUGGUUUAUAAACUCAACGUGUUGUAAACAUAAUGCAAGUUGAAUUCACUGAAUAGCUUGAUUAAAUUUCAAAUUUGAACAAUUAUUGAUAUAUUAUUUUUUAAUACAACAGGGUAUCUAUUAUAAAAAUGGAUAUUCAGAAGCGAAAAAGAAGUUUUUAUAACAAUAAUAAGAAAAAACAUAAGCAAUUUAAUUUGGAACCAGGAAUGAUCGGCUUCUUAUGCACAUGCAAUUAUCGCGAGAAAGAUUGUAUACGCGAUGCUUAUAAAUUACUUAAUGAAUUUGCCGAUGAAAUUUAUGGAUCAAAUACCACAAAGGAUUCUAACAAUGAUAAUAUGGAAGGAUCUGAAAUAAAAAAACAGGAUUCUGUAUCUGAUACUGAAAAAAGCGAUGAAGAAGACAUAUCAACUGCUUUAAACAAAGAAAUUAAAGAAUUGAAAACAGAAUAUGCUAAGCCAGUGGAUUUCAGAAGAUUUCAGAUAGUUGAUACUGGCGUGAAAAACGUAAUUUUUGUAAGAAGUUCCUUAACAAAUCCCUUGGAAUUGGUGACUAAAAUUAUUACAGAAUUGGAUAAAACAAAGCAACAGCGUACAAGAUUCUUACUAAGAUUACUUCCAAUUGAAGUAGUAUGCAAAGCUUAUAUGACUGAUAUAAAAUUGAAAGCAGAUGCAAUGCUUGAAAAAUACUUUGCACAAGAACCAAAAACAUUUAGUAUUGUUUUCAAUCGUCAUAGCAAUAAUAAUAUAAACAGAGAACAAGUUAUUGAAGAUUUAGCUGGAUUAAUAAGCAAGAAGAAUCCUGGAAACAAAGCGGAUCUAAAAAAUCCAGAGAUUGCUGUAGUAGUUGAAGUGAUACGUGGUGUUUGCCUAAUGUCUAUUGCUCCACAUUAUUAUAAAUUCAAGAAAUACAAUUUAUUGGAGAUAUGUAAUAUAAAAGAACCUGCAGAUAAUGCAAAGAAAAGUAAUACCGAUGAAACAGAAGAGUCAAAAAUGAAUAAAGAUACAAAAGAGGAUACAGAUUUAUCACAGAAGACAACAGAUGAUAACAAAGAAUCAGAAAACUGAUAUAAAUUGUAUUAACAUUUAUGUAAUAAAUGUAUUGGCUGUACUUAGAUUAAGCAUUAAAAAAA